AGGGAGGGAGAAGCGCAAACAUGGCGUUGUGGUGACUGGCUGCUGCUGCUGCUGCUGCUGUUGCUGCCAUGGCCGGGCUGUGUAUGUGAGUGGGGGGGAGACAGACAGAGAGACACAGAGAGAGACGGACUGAGCGCUGCUGUGAGGCGGAGCGGAGCGGAGCGGCCCAUUGUUCCGGGUCGGGCUGGAUGUGUUGGGACGAGCCGGGCCGCGGUGGGUGAGGGCGAGCCGGGCCGACAAUCCCAGCGCCAAGUGCGGUCCAUGGAUAGAAACUACCCGGCGUCCAGCUUCGGAGAUCCGCUGGGAACGGGGCAAGGAUGGAGCUACGACCGGGCAGCGUCAGGAGUGAAAGCCAGCCUGGUCUACGGGGGGUCCCGCAGCUCGCACCCCGACACGGACAUCCUGCAUCGACAGGCCUACGCCACCCCACACCCUCUCCAGGGGUACGCUGCCAACCACCACCCCGCAGGCCUCUCGGGCCUGUUUGAGACGGGCCUACACCACGCGGGCAGCUCCACGCCGGACGCCUCCGUCAUGAACCUGAUCUCGGCGCUGGAGUCUCGUGGCCCCCAGCCGGGUCCGUCCGCAUCCUCCCUCCUCUCGCAGUUCCGGACACCGUCAUGGCAGACAGCCAUGCACACACCAGGACCGGCAGAGCUGUUCAUCUCCGGUGCAAUCCCAGGAUCGGGCACCUUCCCCUCAUCCUCGGCCCUCUCGGCCUACCAGCACCCGGCCUCGUUCAGUGGCCGUAGCUUCCCGGUCACUUCCUCGCUGACCCUACAGGACGCCACCUUCAGCCCCAGCUCCAACGGACUGCUAUCUCCCCACGACCCACUGCUUCACAUCAAGUCCUCGCAGUCCAGCGUGCCGUCGUCUCUGGCCUUUGACCGGCUGGGCAGCGCUGUCCUGGGCACGGGCCUGCCCACCCAGAGCUCGGCCUACCGCACGGCCCAGGAGACAGCCUCCCGCCACCUCCAGUCCCAGUUCAACCUGCUCUCCUCGCCGCUAGGCCCCAGCGACCAGGCCUCGCAGCUGUACAACACCUCCGUCUUCUCCAGCGCGCCCACAGCCGGCAUCGAGAGGGCCAUUCCCCGCCAGGACAGCGUGAUCAAGCACUACCAGCGACCCUCCAGCGCCCAGGCCCAGCUGCCAGCCUCCCACCACUCCCUCCAACACUACCUGAGCUGUGGUGGGAGCCAUGGCUUCCAGCAGAUGCCCCGUCACCCCACCCUGUCCUGCAGCCCGCUGGGUGACCAGUCUCCAGUGGGCAGCGAGGGCAGCCAGAAGAGUUCACAGUCUCGGCCCGAGCACUCUCAGAGUUACCGACCCAUCAUCCAAUCUCCCGGCUACUCCUCCACAUCCUCCUCUACCAAGUCCAAGAGCUACUCUGCCUCCAGACAAGUCCCUCGCUCCACUAGUACCCCCAAGUGCCAAAGUAUCUCCUCCACUGGCCAGUCCCACCACUAUUCCUCCGCCACUCCCAAGGUGAGCUCCGUCAUCUCCAGCCAGCCUCAGGCCUACUCACCAGGCCCGUCCCAGAGCCUGCUCACCAUUAGCCAGCCCCAGAGUUACAAUGUCACCCAGGCCCAGAACAUGUCUGCCGUUACCCAGUCUCAGGGCUUUGCCUCCAGCCAGUCGCAGGAGAUGAGCUCGGGCAACAAGUCUCGGAGUUACUCCCCGGCCCAGCUCCCAGGCCUGGCCUCUGUUGCCCCCAUCCAGAGUUACAGCGUGCAGUCGGAGCCCCAUUCAACCGCGGGCCAGAGCUACGUGCCGGCCCACUCGCAGGGGAUGCCCACGGCCAGCCCCUCCCUCAGCUAUGCCACCGGUCACUCUCCGGCCCUGUCCACCCACGGCCCCUCCAUCGUGUACUCUUCAGCCAGCCACGUGCAGUCCAUGCCGGACACCAGCCCCUCCCAGAUCAUCCGGCCCCUUCAGUCCCCCGGGGGAAGCCGUUCCCAGAGUGUCUCCUCACCAGGACAACCUCAGAAGUAUCUCUCCUCUGUCCUCUCCCCCUCCUACAUCCAGCCUUCUCACUCCCAGGGCUUCCAGUCCCCCCAGCCCCCUCUGGAACGCACCCCUUCCUACGGCAAGAACAAGUCCGACUCGGACCUGCUGAGCUCGGAGCGGACGGACGACGAGGACUUCCUGAUCCAGCACCUGCUGGACUCGGAGAGCCCGCCCCGUGUGUCCAGCCAGAGCCUGGGCGAGUGUGAGGACAGGGCACCCAAGGGCAUGGUCUACCAGAUGUCCAAGUCUGAGGAACGCUACCACCUACAGAGUGUGAUCCGUACCAGCUCCAGCCUGGACAACCAGGUCCUGGAGAUGUCCCUACAGGGUCUAAAGGAGAAGAAGAAGGGCGAGCGGUCCAAGGAGUACGUGCGGUCAUCGUCCGAAGGUUUGGCCACCACCGUGGUCCACUACAGCCACCAGGCCAACAGCAUCGACAGCCUGGCCCAAGACAUCAAGAAGUCGGUGGAUCACCUCCAGACCUCACACCUGGAGGCCCACGCUAAGGAGCUGGGACAGAGCCACGGGUUCCUGCAGAAGGGGGGUGACCCCUCAUCGCGGCCCCACCGUCUGGUGCCUGACGGCUCGCAGAUGGAGCAGCACGGCAUGUUGCAGGGGCAGCAGGGUCAGCAGAUGAUGCUGGACGCAUCGCCAGAGAUGCAGCUGCCCUUAAACCACCCUGCGUCCAGCCAGUCCUCCCAGCUGCUGCAGUCUGUACUGACCCACACGCAGAGCCAGCUACAGGCACAGCAGCAACAGCAGCAGCAACAACGCAAGGUGCAGCCAGCCCUCGACGUACGCCUGCUUGAGUCACAGCGCCUGCACUCGGAGGCUGCUUCACCGCAGCUGCAGAUGCUGGAGGUUCACCUGCAGAACCAGCAGAUGCAGGGUCACGUCCGCUCCCACCCCUCCCUCAUCUCCGGCGAGCCCCGCUCCCCCCGUAUGUCCAGCGACCGCAUGCAGCCCGAGGGCAUGUCGCAGACGGAAUCCAUGCAGUCGCAGGAGAUGCAGGAGUACCUGGAGCCCGACCUACACCUGGAGAGCCACCUGUCUCAGGGCGGGCAGGUAAGUGCCCAGCAGCACCUGAUGCCCGAAUCCAACGAGUCCUUACCUGAGGACCAACAGCAGGUGGAAGGCAAGGACCAGUAUAGUGCGGCCAGCCCCCAGAGCACAAAGUCUCGCUUUGUCCCCCUCACCUCCAUCUGUUUCCCCGACUCCCUGCUGCAGGAUGAAGAGAGGAACUUCUUCCCCGGCAUGGAGGACAUGUUCUGCUCCGCACCCUGCGGAGGUGAGGAGUACAGCAAGCAUGCGGCGGAGGACAGCGGUCAGUCGAUGGACAGGAGCGAGGGCAUGAAGACCAGCUACGACAUGAUCCACUCCAACCAGAGUUACUCCAGCUACUGCCCCUCGGACACGGGCAACGGUCAGGCCGUGCAUCUGGACCUGGACUCGGUGUCCAUGAAGUCCGAGCUGGAGCCCUCUCUCCAGACGGAGCCCCAGGGCCUGGGGCCCCCCCACAGCCAGCAGCCCAGCGCCCCUCCUGACAUCAAGUCUCCCCUCACCACAGCCAGCUUCUGCAGCAUGAAGAACAAGAAGUUUCUCAAGACAUCCUCGCUGCACUUGCUGAAGAAGAAGGACUCUCCACCGCAGAUGCCCAAGAAGACCUAUGCCCAGGAGUACGAGUUUGAGGACGAGGAGAAGGAAGACGUGCCGGCUGACAUCAGGCUGAAUAAUCGGCGCUUGCCGGAUCUGCUGCCGGACCUGAUCUCCAGCUGCCGGGCCCGCACCAGCAUCAGCCCCGUGGUCGACAUCGACUUCUGCUCCGGCAACCUCAACGGGGGCAAGAAGAGGCCCAAGAGGGCGUCCAAACCCAAGGAGAAAGGUCCCCCACGGCCCCGCGGACGGCCACGUAUACGGCCCCUGGAGCAGCCCCACGGCCAGGUGCAGGACGCGCCCAAGAAGAGAGGGAGGGGCAGGGGCAGGGGCAAGAAAACGGCGGAGGGUGACAACGAGGGCUUCAAGGUGGAGAAGCAAGCCAAGUGCGGCAAGGGCAAGGUUCAAGGGGCAAAAGCCAGUGACCUUUUACCAGUGGAGGUGACGGAAGCUCUGCCGCUGGACGGCGUUCUGGAGAACAGCCAGACCCAGGAGAAGAUCAAGAAGAAGAUAAAGGAGGUGGAGGAGCAGCAGCCGGAGAUGAAGUCUGGCUUCAUGGCGUCGUUCCUGGACUUCCUGAAGUCGGGCAAACGGCAGCAGCUGCCGGCGACCGCCUCCGGCUCGCAGAAGGGCCGCCUGUCGUCCGUCAUCAACCAGGCGUCUGCGGCCAGCUUCGGCCUGGCUCAGUCCAUGCUGUCCGGGCCGCUGGACGCGUCCGAGAGCGACAGCCUGAUGAGCUGCACCAGCCCCUGCAAACGCUUCGACGAAGACCUGAAGAAGAACCUGGAGACUCUCCCCUCCUUCUCGUCCGACGAGGAGGAUUCGGUCAGCAAGAACCAGGACCUCCAGAAGAGCAUCACCUCCGCCAUCUCCGCUCUCUACGACCCCGUGGACCGCAAGGAGACUGACAACCCAGAGAACAUGGUGGUGGAGGACAAGGAGGUGAGCAGCUGCCCCUCGGAGGUUUCACAGCCGGAGCAGGUUGCUCCUCCGUCUCCAGACUUCCCCAAGGAGCCGCUGCCAGAGGAGGAGCCGUCCCCAGCCCCCGAGUCCCCCCCUUCACCCCAGCCCCCACCGUCCCCCCCCCCCCCCCCACCACCACCGCCCACCACCCCCCCCACCACUCGGAGGAGCAGGGAUCCACCGUCGCCGGUCAAGCUGGCCAAAGCCCAGGACUCGGUGGCCAUCUGCGGCGAGACCGACGAGGAGGACGACGAGAGCGGAGGCGAGGGGGCGAUACGCAAAUGGGACGAGUUUGUCAUCAAAAUGGACAACAUCAAGGAGCUGAAGAUGGCCAUGCAGAUGGGCUCCGAGCCCCCCACUAUCUGGCGGGUACAGAAAGCUUCGCUGCAACAGUUCCUGCCCCUGGUACGGGAUGGCCAACGCCACUAUGCCUCGUCCACACAGUACGUGGAGUACCCGGAGGAGGUGAAGAGCGAGUACCAGCGCCUGUACGUGAAGUUCCUGGAGAACGUGGAGAAGCGUGACUACGUGCGCGUCUGUUCCAAGAAGCCGUGGCACCGGCCGCUGCACCUGGCCAAGCGGCAAGACACGGCGGCCAUCGCCGGCGAGACCGACGAGGACGAGGAGGAGAGCGGCGGCGAGGGCGUCUUCCGCGAGCGCGACGAGUUCGUGGUCAAGAUCGACGACAUCAAGGCCCUCAAGCUGGCCAUGCAGGCGGGCAGAGAGCCCCCCCCUGUGUGGAGGGUCCAGAAAGCCCUGCUGCAGAAAUUCACCCCAGAGAUACGCGAUGGCCAACGGCAGUUCUGUGCCACCAGCAAGUAUCUGGGCUACUUUGGCCACGCCAAGAACGAGUACCAGCGCCUCUACGUGAAGUUCCUGGAGAACGUCAACAAGAAGGACUACGUGCGGGUCUGCUCCAAAAAACCCUGGCACCGACCACAGCACCGGAGCCGGUGGCAAAGCCGGCCGCCAAAAACCAAGCAGCGGCCGGCAAAGACCAAGGCCGAGCCCCCCCCCAAGAAGAGGAAAAAGUGGCUGAAGGAGGUGGUCUCGUCGUCAGAGUCCGACUCCCCCGGACAGCCGCAGAGCGAGGAGGAGCGUGUCCCCACUGGGCGUGUGCUGAACACACGGGCCAUGAAGGAGAUGUACAAGAGCUACAUCGAGCUGUUGGUCAGCGCUGCUCUUGACCCCGCCAUGAUCGAGACCAUCGAGGCCAACAACGAUGAACUGUACUUGCCCACUAUGAAGAAGAUCGACAGCAUCUUAACAGAACACAAGAAGCGCGUGACAAAGCGAGUGUCUCUCAGCUCCUCAUUACAGGAGGGGCUACAGACCUUCCCACAGCUGGUGGUGGGGGACAUCGACGCUGACCACAAGGACAACCCCAGCAGCUCGGUCAAGCUAAAAGUGGCCGGCACCCCCUACAACAGGAAGACCCUCAACCAGCUCAAGAAGAAUGUACAGCGGCCACAGGACUUCCAAGUGGAGGCGGACAAACUGCAGUUUUACACCUUGUUUCACUCUCUGCAUCACUACAAAUAUCACACGUUACUGCACUGUAAAGAACAGACGGACACGCUGACGGAGGUGAACGAGGAUCUGGGGCAGGAGGAGAUCGUGCAACAGUGCAUGCGGAACGCCGCAUGGCUCGAGAAACUCUUCGACUCCUUCUGCGAUCUCCUCACACAGGUGCAACAGCAAUGCGCGUGACCCCGGGCUCACUGCCCUGCCCUCACCUCCCACCCACACCCUCUCACUCUCUGUGGCUCCUUCCCCUCAACCCCCACCCAACUCCUGCCUUUGCCCCUUCUGUCUGUCUCUUCCGCAGCCAGAGUAGCCACCGUACCGGCCCCCGGGGUGGGGGGGGAGGAGGGGGGUAGGUAGGUGACUGUCUGCGGUGAUUGCCCCCUCCCUCGUGCCCCCGUCCCCCUCAUUUUCGCCGUGCGUGUGUGGCCGAUGUGUUCAGUGUUUGUCCCAGUUUUAACAAAGCUCCCGGCUUGGUCAUGCAGUCCCCAGCAGCACACUUGGGUGCCUGAGGUCCAGAGUGGGAUCACAGCCUGACAAGCACAGUGACUCAGACCCAUCUCCUCUUCUCACUCCCCACUCUCGCACUUCACCUCCAAGCCCCCUGCCCACCCAGUUGUCACCCCCCCCCCCCCCCCCCCACCCCCACUUCUCUAGUCUUCCCCACCGUGCCUUCUCUUACCCCACCCUAAUCGAACCCACCCCACCUAAACCCCCUCCCCUGCCCCAAUCACCCCUCUCGCCUCGCCCACCUGGCCUGGGGCAGGGGUUUGAUCCAGGAUCGCUUCUGACUCCGGCUGACUGACGGAAUUGGCCUGUGUGAGUAUCCCCAAAGACGUGCGGGUUUGUGGGACAAUCAACCCCCUAGUGUGUAGGGAGUGGGAUAUCACCAGACUAGUGUGAACAGGUGAUGGAGGACUCGGUGGGCCGAAGGGCCUGUUUCUCUGCUGUAUCACUGAACUAAACUAAAUAAACUUCAGCUGAAACUGUCAGGUAUUCCUGGCAGUGAUUGGAGAGGGGUGUGUGGGGGGGGGUCCCACAGAGAUGGCCACCAUUGCUGUCUGUGUACCCUGUCAGAUGGGUCUUUGGAGUUACACACUCUGUACAUCUGUGUGACCAUGGCUGUCUCCCUCUGCCCCCCACCUUCCCCCAGAGAGGGCAGUGAAGGAGGGGUUGUCACUGUCCUUCCCCACCCCCUUCCCUGACGGAGCUCUGGCACACAAGACAGCCCAGACCUGGUGCAUUCGGGGAAAGACCUGCGGAUCAAACUUCCCCCCAUCCAAUCUCCCCAAGGGCCCCUGGUGCUUUCCUUAUUUGGGACCUACAACUGCUCAUUUGUGGAGAGGAGAGAGGAGCAAUUAGCACGGCCAUCCAUCUAGCGGGGUCCAUAAUGGCCGGGGUGAAGAGAUGGCCCUGGUGUUUGGGAGAUAUUUGCCUGCACGGCUGAAAUGGGAAAGUCCAAUUCUCAGCCUCUGAAGGUUGAAACCCUCCGGUGUUUCGUCUAUGAGAAAAUAUUUACAAAACAUUGAAGAUAAGGUUAGAAUGGGCCCACAACACAGAUCUAGGCCUUGAGUUGGGAUGGGGUGGGGGAGGUGUUGGAGGUACACUGCAUAUGGCGGCCAAAGUGGGCAGGUGACUGGACACUGCAAAUGGCCGCCGUUCAGUAUGACAUGUGACUGGACACUGCAAAUGGCCGCUGUUCAGUAUGACAUGUGACUGGACACUGCAAAUGGCCGCUGCUCAGUAUGACAUGUGACUGGACGCUGCAAAUGGCCGCCGAACCGGGACAGAAGAGUGAGUGGACACUGCAAAUGGCCGACGUUGAGAAAUAUGUGGCUUCAAAAUGGUUGUGGACUCCUGGUAGCGGGAGGCGAUUGGAAAGGUGAAGAUGGUCGCUGGUCUACAGCGGUGUGACGGGAUGCUUUGCAAAUGGUCGAGGAAUGGCCGACAAACGCAAUGGCCUCGCCUUGAAGACCACUUUUUGUUGGAAACGGACCCUGAAUCUAAAGACGCCAGUCUUGUCCCUUCCACCGAUAGUGGCUGCUGUACAUUUGUGUUCCCUCAUCCACACCACACACACCCCCCUCCCACCCAAAAAAAAAAAGAACCUUUCGAAAAAACAGGAGGAACACUAAAUGGAGCCGCUAAAACCUAGCGCUUGCUUCAAGAGAGAAGAACUGGGUGUUCGGGUCGCGAGGUUUGAUCGAUGUGAUAUAUGUCGGGGACGGGAUGGAGAUGGCUGGGAGAUGGGAGGGAGAUUAAACCCCUACCCCCCCCCCCCCCCCCCCCCCCCUACCCCCUACCCCCAGGAAAAGAACUCUUGUGGGAGAGGCACUGAGCUUUUUAAAACCAAUUCUCUGAGGGUCUGAUUGAGCAACCCUGCAAUAUAUUACAGACCGAUAAUGUUUCUCAGAUUUUAAUCAAAGAUUUCCACUCCCAUCCUCUUUGUCCUUUUAACAAAAAUAAUUAACUAUUUUAAAAACGCAAAAAAACACACACACACACAACCCCACUACCAACCUAACGUGGGCAGAAUAUAAUUUAAUCGUUUUAUGUUAUUUAAAAAUAUCUUGCAGAUUUCCGUGUCAUCCUUCCAGUAAAAUGUAAGUUUUACACAAAAAAAUAAAUAAAUUAGGAUCUGUCCUUUAUCAGAUGCUGAGCUGUUGUGACGGUUUUUAAAAGCAAUUGGCAACUUGCUACAUCUCCCUUGUAUAUAUUGUAUAGAGCAAAAAGUCCAUGUACUAUAUUGUAUUUGAGAGAGCUAACAAAUACUUAACAGAGAAAAAAAAAACACACAGAAGGUUGCUUAGUUGUGCUGUUCAGUCUGACUGGACUUUAUUAGUACUUGGUUUAUAUAAUAUGUUCUGAGAAUUGUCAAGUGUCCUAUUUUAUUCCAAAAAAAAAAUAGAGGCAGGUUACGACAAAAAUGGUGCGAUUCGUCUCCGGGGGGUGGGGGAGGGGGGGAGGGUGGCGGUGUGGGGUAGUUAUGUAGUGGUCACUCUCUGAUUCCCCCCCCCCCCCCCCAUUCCUUAUCCACCUCCUCACUUCAUCACCUACACAGGGGGGAUUCCCCACCACCAUCCACGCCGGUUAUAACAAUAAUACUUGCUCCUCCUGGUCAAACUGCCUGUAGUAUCGAGUGUUGUGUGUGUAGCACUGUGUGUGUGUGUGCGUGAAGGGCUGUCUAUUUUUUUGUGUGUGCGUGCAUGUCGAGGGUGGUCUGUGUGUGCAUGUGUCGAGUGCGUGCAGUGUCGUGUGUGUGGAGUGUAUGUAUGUGUGUCGAGCGUUGUGUGUGUGGGGGGGAGUGACGGGGAGUGUGUCUGGUGUGGGUGUUGUGUGUGUGUGUUGUGUGUGUCAAGUGUGUUGUAUAUGUGUGUUGUGUGUGUGUGUGUCUCUGUGUGUGUGUGUGUGUG